UUCCUCUUCCGGCUUCCGCUCCGAGUGACCAUCCCACUUCUCCAUUCUCCAUUCUGCUUCCUUCCAUCCUCUCAUUGACUGAGCUAUCAUCUAUCCAUCUAUCCUACUACCUGCAUCCACCCGAGCCUCCCUAGCCAGUCCUCCAGUUCGAGCUCACCAUCCAAGCAUAACCUGCCCGGGGAGCUCCAUCCUGAUAAGCCCUGAUACUCUGUACCGCCAAACCAUGGUCUGCGUCUUGCGCAUCGUACCACUGGCAGAACGUCUGGAGCUUCACGGUGGCUGAGCAACUCUUAACUUUAACUUUGUUAUUCUCCGCUUGUCAGCCUGUAUUCUUUGCAACCAGGCUACAUCAUCAAACAACAAAAUCUCCGAUAAGAAGUACCACCACCACCACAACCCCUCUUCCACCCCCUCACUCCCAAACCCACCCGGGCGCAUUUCCUUCGUCAUGUCAUUUCCUUCACUGGACGGCAGCGAGCCACUCCCUGGCCGUCCCAGAACCGCUUCCACCACGCGAGCUUCACGUGGAGACUCUAGGAGGAAAUCUAUUUCAUUCAAUAUCGGCGAUUCCGAAUCCCUGCCUCCCAGUCGCUCGGCAAGCGUCUCGGAUCGCAGGCGUUCGCCUUCACAGGUGCCUACGGAGAGGGAGGCUAGACCUGCUACUGCUGCGGUUAGCCGCGGUCCAUCCCCCCCUCCGCCCAAGACCUACGAACGGGGCGUCUCCUUCGAUACAUUUGAUAAUCCCGACGCGGCAGAUUUCUCCUUGACACUGAAUUACAAACACAAAGGGUACCAGAGCACGCGGCGCAGUCGGACAUUUCUCUGCGGUACAGAUCAGAACGAUUAUUCUGAUUUCGCGCUCGAGUGGCUCAUCGAUGAGUUGGUGGAUGAUGGCGACGAGAUCGUCUGUCUCCGUGCAGUGGAAAAGGACUCCAGUAUCGCGAGUGAUGCCGCAGUCGAGGCGGGAAAAUACCGGAAGGAAGCGGAGAAGCUGUUCGAACAAGUGAUUCAGAAGAACACCCAGAAUGAGAAAGCGAUCAGCUUGGUUCUGGAGUUGGCUGUCGGCAAGGUCCAGGACAUUAUUCAGCGCAUGAUCAGGAUCUACGAACCCGCUAUCCUCAUCGUGGGCACGAGGGGCCGUAAUCUAGGUGGCAUGCAAGGAUUGCUGCCAGGCUCCGUCUCGAAGUACUGCUUACAACAAUCGCCGAUUCCUGUUAUUGUGGUGCGACCUACAACCAAGAGGGAGAAGAAAAAGAAGAAGCGCCUCGCAGACCCCACCAGGCGCAACUACAAUAAUAUACUGGAAAUGAGUGAGCGACGAGGAAGCCACAUCUUCGAUAGAAGCUCCAGCAGAGAUAGCAGUGUGUCAAAGCUGCCUGACGAGGAGGCUGCCGUGGCUGCCGCGCUUGGUUUACCUUCGACGUACACUCACUCGCGGAGCUCGCUCUCCACAUCGGAGCGAAGCAGCGUCAGUCAUGACGAGUCUCCCUCGCCCCUGGGCUCACCUGAUGCUGCUUCCCGAAGCCCUCUUGGCGGGAGCGUGGAGAACUCCGAGAUCGACACCGGGUCAGAUGAUGAGCCUACCGUAUCGCACGUGGAGAAUCACAGCGACGGGACUUUAUCGCCAAAACAGUCGUCUGAGACGCAAGAGGUCCCUGGAUUGUCUGAGGUUGAUGCAGGCGCAUUCACGUCUAGCAUGAAUGUUCCACUUAUCGUAACCGAAGACUCUCCUCCAGGCGGCACAGGACAACAAAACGAUUGAGCGAGAUGAGCUAUGCCGAACACCACCUUGGUAACAAUUAUUUUGGGUCGUUGCGCCCAUCAACCUACACACACUCGCAGAUCACACGUCAGAAGAUACUAGGCAACCAAGCCCUUCAUUGCACGUGAGACUGUCCAACAGCUGUCACCUGAGAACACCUCGGGGUUCUAUCACAGCAUGAUGGGCCGAUGUUCACUUAGCAAAGGACAUAUCCAAGAAAGCAACACGCUUCAAGCAGCGUGGAUGCUGCUAGGGGCGACACUAUGAUGGACCCCGAAUGAUCUUUCAAUUCACAUACAUAUUUCAUCUUGUUCACUUAGCGAGUUGUCGAGUCAAUAGAGCGCAAGCACGCCAGUGCACACACAUACAUAUACAUACAUAGAUCAAAACUACCUGAU